AUGCCACAAUUAAAUUUGUACAAUACUGAUCAACAAACGAACGUAAUUAUACAACUUCAGCAUGAUUGCCUUUAUUAUGAAAUUGAUGAUAAAAUUGUUGAUUAUGGCGUCCCGAUGAAAUUGAUUUAUCAAAUUAUUCCGUAUUGUAUUCGACCAUUUGAUAAUAUAACAAAUAUAAAUAUCAUUAAUGAUACUAAUGAAUUACAAGGUAAGACAUUUGAACAAUUACAACAAUUGAAUGUUAGUAGUGACCAGUUACUUUUAUGGUCCGCUCCACUUGAUGUUGCUGAACGUUAUCAAAUUUAUCUAAAUAAUCAAAAGAUGAAUAUAAAAACUUUCUCGAAUGAAAUUUUCUAUAAUUGUACAUGGCCAUGGUUUGGUGAAUUUUGUCAAUAUGCUUUUGAUUAUGAUUUAGAAUUAUCACUUAAUCAAUUUGUUAUGACUAUGUUUCAAUUGAAAAAUAACAUUAAAUUCAAACAGUUAAAUAGAUUUACGAAUUUAUCAUGUUAUAUACAUUUGAUAUGUAAUAGAGGACAAGCACCACUUUGUCUUGAUUGGCGUGAAAUAUGUGAUGGAAAAGUUGAUUGUUUAAAUAAUGGUGUUGAUGAAGAACAUUGUUGGCAACUGGAAAUUACGGAAUGUUCGCAAAAUGAAUAUCGAUGCCAUAAUGGAGCUCAUUGUAUUCCAGAAAAUUUUCUUCAUGAUGAUCCAAUCAAUCCUGAUUGUCUUGAUCGAUCGGAUGAACCACCAAUGCAACUCUAUCCUGAACUUUGUCCUGCUGAUCCAGCAUUUCGUUGUGAAGAACAUAGAUGCAUGUAUUCAAGAAAUGAAUUGAUGUUUUCAUGUGGUGAUGGUCAAUGUAUUGACAUAGAUAAUCAAUGUACAAAUGAACGAUCGAUUUCUUAUCUUCCGAUGUAUUUGUUAGUGAAUAAUUGCAUUCGUGCUAUGGCUUGUUUAACUCUUAGUAGAAGUCGUUUGGAUGACAUUCCAUGUUAUAAAAUUUGUACUGAAGUUUCUUGUGCGGACAUAGUUAGAGAUGAAUGUCCGAGUCUUUUUCAAUUUCCUCCAAUGUAUAUUUUUUCCAAUCAUGUAUUUUUCGUCUAUAAAAACAAUCAAUCUGAUUAUAAUUCUAAACUUGCUCCGUUACCUGAAUUUGUAUGCUAUGAACAACAAUUAUGUGAACAUUCUCUUCCAACAGUUGAAAUUCAUUUAUUCAAUGGUUCGAAAUGUAUAUCCUUCUCAGAAUUUGAUUUUAAUAAGAAACCAAUUGUUAGACGUCUUUGGAAUGAUCUUUUAAUGCCGAUCAAAGGUUUUUUUCAAGGUUGUUUAACAAAUAGAAAAUUAACUAAUAGAACUCAUUGUUUAUAUUCAUCAUUAUAUCGAUGCUCUAAUAGUUUAACAUGUAUUUCUAAAUAUCGUUUACUUGAUGGUAAUCAAGAUUGUUAUUUAAAUGAUGAUGAAAAUUUUAAUAAGAGUUGUUCUCUUGAUCAAAAGCAUCGUUUCAAAUGUUCUAUGGAAGAUCGUUGUUUAUCAUGGAUAUUAGUGCAUGAUUUUAAAACUGAUUGUUUAACAAAUGAUGAUGAAGUAUUACCUGACAUUGAAAAAUCUAAAAAACAUAUUUCUUUUCAAAUAAUAUGUGAUGGUUUUCAAGAAUUGUCAUUUAUUAUAAUUAAUGAAAAAUAUGAAUCGGAUGAGACUAAUUGUCAUUUAUGGUCAUGCAAUAAUGUAUAUACACGUUGUGAUGGAAUAUGGAAUUGUUUGGAUGGAGCUGAUGAAGCUAAUUGUUCAAUGUCAAUUUGUCCACCUUCAUAUCACAUGUGUGUUUCACCAAUAACAAAUAAUUUGACAUGUAUACCAAUCUCAAAGGCAAAUGAUGGUAUUGUAGAUUGUUUAGGAGGAUCUGAUGAACGUCAAAUAUGUCGAAUACAUACGCCUCAGUGUAGUUCCUGUCGAUUUUUUUGUCGAGAUCAUACUAAUCCGAAACCGAUAUGUAUUCCACCUAAUAGACUUUGUAAUAAAAAACCAACUUGUUUAUUCAAUGAUGACGAAAUAUUUUGUUUUGAACGUAAUUUAACAAUAAAUUAUUUUUGUGACCAUUUAUUAGAUAUAGCUCGUACAGAUGUUGAAACAUUUCUUUGUGGUUUAACGGAUGCAUCGAAGAAGUCUAUCGUGCAUUUCUUACUAUAUUCCGAUGAAAUGAAUAUGACAAUUCAUGAUUCAAGUAAUGCAUUAGAAGAAAAUCGAUUUUUAUCAAGCAAUUAUCAUAUUUUAAAAGAUAAUAAUAACAACGACAAUGAAACGCUGAAACUUAUUCGAACAUGGCGAUGUAAUCGAGGCCUUCCUAUUCGAACUAGGUACGGUAAAUUCAUAUGCUUAUGUCCACCCAGUUAUUAUGGAGAUCAAUGUCAAUAUCAAAAUCAACGUGUCAGUCUUACUUUGCAGUUACAAGCAGUUGUUGAUUUUCGAAUGGUAUUUAUUAUUGUUAUCAUGUUAAUCGAUGAUGAAGGUCAAAUUAAUUCAUAUGAACAUUUUAAUUAUCUAGGAAUUCGAGAUUGUAGUAAAAAAUUUAAUAUAUAUCUAUUAUAUUCGACUCAACCGAAAGAUACUACAAAGAAUUAUUCUAUUCGUAUAGAUGCAUUUACUGCAAUAUCUUUAGAUUAUCAUGCAAGUUGGUUAUUUCCACUUGAAUUUUCAUUUUUACCUGUUCAUCAUUCAGCAUUGAAAUUAUUCAUUCCAAUUUUCAAUCCUGAAGUUGCAGAAUGCAUACUUCAAUGUAAUCAUGGUCAAUGUAAAAAGUAUGAAAAUACGAAAAUAGAUUUUUGUCAAUGUGAUCCAGGUUGGUCAGGCUCACAAUGUUCUAUUAAAUAUGAAACGUAUAAUUGUUCAUCCGAUUCGUUUUACAUUGGAUCUGGUAUAUGUAUAUGCCCACUUGGAAAAUAUGGUAGACAGUGUUCAUUAACACAAUCUAUUUGUUUCAAAGAUAUUUGUAAAAAUUUUGGACAAUGUGUACCAUUCGAUGAACGUAGCAUUAAUAAUCAAUGGUAUUGUAUUUGUAAAGAAGGUUAUUCUGGUAAACAAUGCAACAUAAUUGAUAGAAAGAUUAUAGUCUCUUUUUAUGAUACCAAGAUUCCAUUAUCAUUCCUCAUGCAUUUUAUUUAUGCACCAGGCAAUAGACAUCAUGAGCGUACGACGACAUUUAUAAAAGUUUUAUUUGAUCAAAAUAUGGUUACUACAUAUUCAUCGACUAUUUUUCAUUUGGUUAUAAUCGAAUUUCACAGAAAUUACUUUUUGACUACUCUUAAAAAAACAGAAGUUUUAUCGAAAAAUGAUGUUCAUAUUAAUUUAAUUGCUUCUCAACAGUGUCGACCUAUUGAACAUCUAUUAAAUAAUACCAUUGUUGAAUCACAUUUAAUACAACGUAUUAAGUAUUAUCAAUUACCUUGUCAACAACAAUUUGAUCUAGUCUGUUUUUACGAUAAAAUUCACAUGUGUCUGUGUGAUGAGGAGCGAUAUGCCAAUUGUUUUGAAUUUGAACAUAAUAUGACUUAUAAUUGUCAAGGUAUUAAUUACUGUCUAAAUGAUGGUCAAUGUUUUCAAGAUAAUUCUAUUUGUCCUACUAAGUAUUUAUGUGUAUGUACGGAAUGUUAUUAUGGUACUCGUUGUCAAUUAACAACAAAAGGCACAAGUUUAUCACUUGAUGUUAUUCUUGGAAAUUUAAUUCGACCUCAUGUUGCUUUUAUUCAACAGUCAAUCGUUAUUAAAAUUUCUGCAAUUAUUACUAUGAUCAUGUUUGUAUUAGGUAUUAUGAAUGGAUUUCUUUCGGUUAUGACAUUUAGAACUGCAAAAGUCAAACAAGUGAGAUGUGGAUUUUAUCUUUUCGUUUUAUCAAUUAUUUCACCGAUUAGUAUAAGUAUGUUAACUAUCAAGUUUUGGUUACUUAUUCUUGUUCAAAUGUCUAUAAUUUUUAAUCGUUCGUUUUUAUUCAUUCAAUGUAUAUGUGUAGAUAUGCUUCUAAUGAUUUUUCUUCGUCUUUAUGAUUGGUUAAAUGCAUGUAUUUCAUUAGAACGAGCAAUAACUAUUAGAAAAGGUAUUUAUUUUCGAAAAGAAAAAGGCAAAGAUAAAGCUAAAUGGGUAAUUAUUAUACUUUUUAUAUUAAUAAUUUCUACAACAAUUCAUGAUCCAAUUCAUCGACAUCUUAUAGAUGAUAUAGAAGAACAGCGUACAUGGUGUAUUGUUAAUUAUUCUGAAUUUCUUCGAAUAUAUAAUUUAAUUAUAGAUUUUUGCCACUGUAUUAUUCCUUUCUCCAUUAAUGUCAUAUCGGCUCUUAUUAUUAUCAUAACAGUAGCUCGAAAACGUUCAACAACUCAAUCCCAUCUAUCUUACAAACAGCAUCUUCACAAACAAUUCCAUGAACUUAAACAUAUAUUAAUCAGUCCUAUUAUAUUUAUUAUUUUAGCUUUGCCACGUCUCAUUAUUUCUUUCUUUUCAGGUUGUAUGAAAUCGAUACGUGAACCAUAUCUAUUUCUAUUUGGUUUCUAUUCAUCUUUUAUUCCACUUACUCUUGUUUUUAUCGUUUUUGUACUACCUUCAAAAACAUAUAAGAAAGAAUUUAAUAAUUCCAUGAAUCGUUUUAUAUUAAGUACUCGACAUUUUCUACAGAUGAAAUAA